AACUUCUUAUGUCCUCCCUCUCGCCUCCCGAAAACGCCGGGAUCGCGGCCAUUCUUUCCACCGGAUCUGGCCUCAGGCAAUUUAUUUCUUCCUCUUCUAUUCAAAUGGCGAUCUCCUUUUUCUCGUUCGAUUAUGGUUGUGGUUUAUUUUCAAUAGUUUGAGAUGGAUUGAGUUCCUGUGACCGAGAGGAGGAGGUGAAAUGGCUCACCGAGUCGAUACUGAGUACGAUUACCUGUUUAAGGUCGUCCUUAUCGGGGAUUCUGGCGUGGGGAAAUCCAACAUCCUCUCGAGGUUCACGCGCAACGAGUUCUGCUUGGAGUCCAAGUCCACCAUCGGCGUCGAGUUCGCUACCAGGACCCUUCAGCUAGAGGGAAAGACAAUCAAGGCUCAGAUAUGGGACACAGCUGGGCAGGAAAGAUACAGAGCCAUCACCAGCGCUUACUACAGGGGUGCAGUUGGAGCGCUCCUGGUCUAUGACAUAACAAAGAAGCAAACUUUUGAAAAUGUUCAAAGGUGGCUCCGCGAGCUGAGGGACCAUGCUGACUCUAACAUUGUGAUUUUGAUGGUCGGGAACAAGGCAGAUUUGAGGCAUCUCCGAGCAGUCACAGAAGAGGAAGCCCAGAUGUUAGCUGAGAAGGAAGAACUAUCUUUCCUGGAGACAUCAGCUUUGGAGGCAGUUAACAUCGACAAGGCAUUUCAAACUAUUCUAAAAGAUAUUUACCAGAUAAUUAGCAGAAAGGCACUUGCUGCUGCAGAGGCAGCAGGAACAGUUCCCGGCCAAGGCAUGACCAUCAAUGUAUCUGAUCCCGGUGGAGGCUUCACAAAGAAAGGUUGCUGUUCAAAUUAGCUGAUUUGCCUUGUGUCCAUGGUUUGCCCAGAAAUGAGGAUCCGCUGCACAAGGUGCUAAGGAUGAUCCAAUAAUUGUUCAUUUAUAGUUUUCAAAUUUGCAUUGAAAUGCCUGUUUUGUUUCUUUUCUUCUGGAGGCUAUUAGAUGCAGAUUUUCUUUCCAUAUAUUUUGUUUUCACUUUUCACUGAAAAGUAAAUGAGCGUGUAAAGUUCAUUUGAAUAUUGAUUCUGUAAAUUUCAAGCGUUUGUAUCAGUAAUAUCAAUCUCACAGUUUUGUUA